AUGAUCGAUUCAUUAUUAUUAUUAUUAUUGAAUAAAGUUAAUAUUAUAAUAAGUAUUUGUUUAGCUAUUGGUAGUUUUUAUUUAUUAAAAAAAUUUAUAUUUCGUCAAUCAAUUGUUGUGAAAAAUAAUCAUCCAAGAACUAUUAAUAAUGUAGUUAAUGAUGAUGAUGAUGACGAUUAUACUCCAUUUCAAUUUAAUGUUGAUAAACGUUCAGCACGACCAUCGUAUGCAAGAUUUACACGUCGGAAUUUGCAACAAGAAUUAAUAAAUGAUUCUAAUUCAUGUAUUGUUUGUUGGAAUGAUAAAAAAACUGUUGUUUUAUUACCUUGUAAACAUUUAUGUGUAUGUGUAUCCUGUAGUAAAAAAUUAUGGAAUAAUACUCAAAGAAGAACAUGUCCGAUUUGUAGAAAUGAUAUUGAUAAUCUACUUGAAGUCUUUAUGUAA